UAGAUAAAGUAUAGUAAUAAUAUUCAAAGAGAUUCAAGAAUCUAUACUCAAUCUCAUUGCUUCAUAUGUAAACACACAUAACCCUUUUUCUCUUUAUCAUCUCCUGAAUGAAUAAUUCGGAGUUCAGAUAGAAAGAAAGGAAGCUUUUGUUAAAGCUUUAGCGUCAGGAAAAGACGAUUCUCUUACUUGUUCUAAUUUAAAGUCUCCUCUUUCUUCGCUUUUCCACUUCUUCUCCUUUCCGACAAAAAGAGAAGUAAACGGUACACAAGUACAGCCCCUCUUUCUCCUGUCCUAAAGUUCAGCAUAAAGAAAAGGGGAGAAGAAUAUAAUACUAAUAAAAAAAGAGGAGUUCCUUCAGGCGCAAGUUUCUAUAUUUUUGAAAUGGGAGAUCAUUUCGUGCUGUUUAUGGAUAGGUUGAUAACAGAAGCGACAAUCGAGGAAGCCAUUCAGAGCAGGAACCGUAUGCUGCAAGCCAAUGCACCCAUCGAGGAUGAAUGUAGAAUCCUUGAUGAGAAAACACUCGAGAAGCUGCGUAGUGGAGAUUUGACGAUGGUGCAGUGUAGGAUUUGUCACGAUGAGGAUUUGGAUUCAGAUAUGGAGACUCCUUGUUCUUGCAGCGGUAGCUUGAAGUAUGCACAUAGGAGGUGCGUGCAGAGAUGGUGUAACGAGAAAGGAGACACCACCUGUGAGAUUUGUCACCAGGAGUUUAAGCCGGAUUAUACAGCACCAUCUCCAUUGCUAGAGUUGGGUCAUGUUCCUCUUCAUUUCAGGGGAAGCUGGGGAGUAUCUCAACGUGAUCAUCGUUUCAUCACAGUUGUACCUUCUGAUUCUUCCACUUUCCUCGACGACGACCAUCAUCAAUACCCUCUUUCUUCCACCACAAGCUUCAUCUGUUGCCGUUCCCUUGUUCUUAUCUUCAUGGCUCUCCUGAUUCUCCGACAUACACUCCCCUUAGUCCUCACCGGUUCCGACCUCCAUGUCUUCCCCUUGUUCAUGUUGUUGUUUCUGAGAAUACUCGGGAUCAUCCUACCAAUCUAUGUCGUCACCAAAGCAGUCGCCACUUGUUGCCGGCAUUCUCAGACAUUAGAAACCUCUGACUCCGAAGACUCAUCUGACGAAGAAGCAGAGUUAUGGCGCUUGCCUCAAACGCAAUCUUACAUUAUAGGCGUGCCAUAAGCCAUUGUUUCUUUCCCCUUUCACAUGCACAAUGUCUCUGUAAAUAUACUCCUCACUUAUACAUGUAAAAAAUGUUGAACUGGAAACAAAAGAAAAAGUAUUCAACUGGCAAAGCUCUCUUCCAUGAUAACUCAAACCAUG